AUGUCGAUUCAGGAUCUAUACAAAAGCGUACUGUUAGAAUCAGAUAAUGAUAUUAAAGUUAAAAAAAUAGAUAAUUUUCAGGACAAAACCAUAUUUGAAAAUGUGUUGGAUUGGUUUCAUCCAAUCAGAAGUCCAGCUGGAAGCUGGCUUAAACAAAACUCUUCAAAUUUCAGCGAGAAAUUUCGAUCUUUUCUUCAAAAUUUAUCGAAUGCACUUAAUAUCGAUGAAGCUCAAUUAUUCAAAUUAUUAGAAUUUUUUUCGACAAAUAAUUAUUCAACACUGGAGAAUAUCGAUAUAAUGCUCUCAUCACCGGAUAACAUGAAUGAAACAAAUCAACAAUUUGUUGUACAAUUUAUCCAAUAUUAUUACAAUGAACGUUAUGCCCUUUUAUCAAUUGUACACGAUAUUCUUACUUCCGAAAACAUAAAGAAGGCUAAAAGUUGGUUCGGUUCUGAAAUAGAAUUAUGCAAAAAAAUGUUAACUCAAUUUUCAGUUUUGACAAAUGUAUCAUGUCCAUCUUGGAAUUCGAUGUACAGUCCAUUGACGGCCGAUAUGUUACGUACAAUAUGGACAAAUGCUCAUGACAAUGAAAUGCGUUUACUAUUAGAAUGUGCACUCAUAAUUAUUGAUCGUUGUAAUAAUGAAUCUCCUCAAAUCCUAUUGAAAUAUUUUGAGUUGUUUCAAUUUGAUAAAUUUAAUUCAAUUCGUAUUUAUUUUCAACCCGAUAUGGCAUUAAAUCAAAAACAUAAAAUUUUAAAUACACUGUUGGUUUAUAUUUUAAUAUCUGGAAUGAAAUUAUCUCGUUUUAAUAUAAUUGAAGAAAAUAAUUUUCCAUUACAAGAACAUCCUGUAUUUCAUGAUAUACAAGUGUUUCAAACAUUAAAUACAAAUUUUUCAACAUUAUUUAACGUAAAGAAUUGUUCUACUGCACAGUUAGCAUGGGCUACCUUACUGUACAAAUAUGACAGUGAAGAUCGUCAAAUUCAAAAGUUUGCUGCUGCAGCUAAACGUGAUAAUGUAUUUGAUCAUCUUUCAUCGCGUAUUGAUCUAUUCAAAUCAAUUCAAUCGCUUGCAUCAAAUAUAAUUUAUCGUGUUACAUUUGAUUUAAUUGAUUUAUUUUCAUCCAUAUUUGAUUAUGAAAAAUUUGUUAGUCGCGAUCAGUUGAUUAGUAUAGUAAAAAAAUGUAUGAAUGAUAAAACUGUCGUUGAAAAUAUUUUAAAAAAAAGUGGACAUGUGCUAUUUGAUCAUAUAUCAUCUGUUGAAAAUUAUUUUCCAUUAUCGUUAGAAUCAUGUUUAGAUUUAUAUACGUUGAUAAUGAAGGCAAAUUCAAAUAAAGCGAAUAGUAUUAUUAUUUAUUUAUGUGAACGUGAUCAAUUUGUUGAAUCAGUGCAAAUGUUUAAAGAUGCUGACAUAGCAUUAGUUGGAACAGAUGACGAAUGUAUAGCAGUAGCGAAUAUUUAUCCAUAUGGACCGGGUAAGCUUUAUUUUUUUAUUAUUUAUUACACUAAAUUCAUUAAGUUGAAACAGUAG